AUGUCAGAUUUUCAUAAACAUCAUAUCAGACAAAACAAGGAUACCCAACACUUCCAUUCACUAUUACAAUCAGAUAAAUUACCAAUAAACAAGAAACAGAAAGCACUCGCAAUGACAGACGUUAACACUGAUACCGUGCAUGUUUCUGAUAGUAAGGCUGAUGACUCUGGCACCAUCAACAAACCAGUAGAAUUGUUACCCACAAUAGAUGUUCAGAGUCAAUUAUCAACGUUUGAAAUAUCAAAUAAUGAACAAUUACUGAUGGCUGUGUUUCAACAGCAGGAAGAGUUAAUUAAACAAUUACAACAUCAAGUUAUGACUGGUUAA